AGUUUGCGUUGUGGUGUUGUGUUCUCUUUCUGUCAAACAAUAAAAACACUUCUAGUUCUACAAUUCUUAAGUUUGCAUUGUGAUCAGGGAUUGUUUGUUUAUUUACUUACAAUGAAAUUUAUAAAAUCUUAAAGAAUAUGUACAUAAAAUCAAAUAGACGAGUGCUUCAUAGAAUUGAAAUAAGUCGUGUUUUUAUGCUACACCGUGAGAAUAAUAUUGUCGACACCAAAAGAAAAUCGCUCACACUGUGCUAAUGCUGCCUUCAAUGCCAGUAUUAUUUACGAGGGAAAGUCAGGAUGCUUUUGGGAAUAAAAUAGAAGCAGGCACAACUCCUUUAAAUCACAUUGAAAUUAUUAAAUCUCUCAAUGAUCCUCAGGCACUUAAUAAUGAAACACCAGUUAUUGCACAAGGACCUAGACAGAAUGAUGCUGAUGAGAUCAAAGUUGAUGAUAAAACAGAUAAAACAAAAUCUAAUGUGAACCAACUAGAGGCUGCUUUAGCUAAAUCAUACUACACAAAAGUAAAAUCAAGAUGCUCCCAAAAUUCUUCAAUAUCAAAUAAAUUUGUACAGUUUCGAGAGAUGUUAAAAACUUUCGAUCCACACACUGAGAGUCCCGUAGAUUUGUACAGAAAAGUAGAGGAAUUGUUUGGUGCUGAACACAAAGAUGUUGUUGAAGAGUUUUUAUUGUUUUUGAAGCCUGGGCAAGCUGCUGAAGUUGGGAGGUUUAUGGACCAUUUCAUGUUGAAUCAGAUGACAUCUUUUAUAGAUCUGUUACAAGUUACAUUUAGCCGUAAGAUACCUGUAUACCGUAAAAUUUUACGAGCUAUCACCAGCGGUAUGAACAGUGGAAACAGCCAGGAUAUGAAAGCCAGGGUGCUACCACACUUGAGGUCAAAUCCUCGACUGACACUCAUGUUUAAGUCAAUGUUUCCUGAUGAAAGGCCUCCAGAUAGUGCUUACGAGGGUGGAGUGGACAUUGUAGAUGAGAGCUUUUUAGAAUGCGACGGCGGCUAUGAUGUGUGGGAGUUUGCGGAAGAAAAAGUCAAAAAAAAGACUGAAGUCAAAGAAGGACUCGAUUCAGUGUAUCUACACGGUCGGGUAUUUAUUCAACAUGGUAGGAUUUUAAAACCAGCCUGUGUCACAUAUCCGUACAGUAAAGAGCCGUAUCGAGUGCACUCGAGACGUCUCGCCCCUAAUAUCAUAUUAAAUACGCACCAGCCUGAAGAAGAAAAUUCAACAAAACGAAGCUGCAAACCAAUACUUAAACUUCCCACAAAAAAAUCUCGAAAACAAACAACAUCCCCCACGAAAAAUGUUAAAGAUGUUAAUGAUAAUAAGAAAGACUUCAAACAAGCUAUCAACAAAGUGAAAGGAAAACUUAAUUCUAAAACAAAAUGUAAAAAUGAUGAGAUAGUUAAGAAAAAAGAUAGAAUUGAUAUGAAAAGUGUUUGUCAAAAAAAGAAUGAAUGUAAAGUUAAGAAAGAUAUUAGAAACGAUCGUAGUUGGACCCGAGAUGAAGAUAAAACAAUAUUGGAGGUGCUUAAGGGUGAAGGUGGUUUUGAUAAAGCUUUAGUUAGGGUUUGUAAACUGCUACCACAUAGAUCACAAACAGAAGUAAAAGAAAGGUUUUGCCAUGUCAUGAAUCUUUUACAGCAAAUGGCAGUCAAUGAAGUUACAUAGUAUUCAGUAAAUACUAGAUGUAUGUGCUGUUUUUAAAUUUUAUAAAUAAAAUAUAUUUUAUUGGUG